CAUUGAAACUACAAGAACAUUAAAAAAAGUUAAGCGCUUAAAGAUAUUUUAAUUUUUUAUAUACAUACAGACAUUUUGUUGUUGUUGUGGCUGUAAUGAAAAACGAAUAGAAGGCAUAGAAUAUAAUUAAAUUAAAAAAAGUAUAUAAAGAAAAGGAAAACGUAAAAAGAUAAAAUCCUUAAAAUAUUGUAACCACCUUGAGUGACAACUUAAAACCUGAGAAUUGUGAAGAAACUUUUUUAGAAAUUAAAAUAUUGUAUAUAGAAAUAUCGGAACAUUUUCCAUGUGAGUUCAUAUGAUUGAUUGAUAACAGAAGUGUGACAUUUUAUUUAACUGUUAGUUUGACAUAAAAUAAAGUGUGUCUUUAGGCGCGCGCGUUGUUCUUUUUAAAAGAAGUGUGAGAAUAGUGACUCUUCUUAAAAUAACAAUUCUCUUUAAUGCAAUAAUUCUCUUAAAAAUAUAAAUUUUUAUUUAAGAGUGUGUAACAUAAAAAAAUUGUGGCAUAAUUUUAGGUAAAAGUCAAGACAUAUUUGUAUUCAAUAUACAGUUUUCCUUAAAUGUACUUACUUCUACGAUCUUUUUUUAAGCAAAAGUAAGGCUUUUGUGUUAAGUGUUAUUUUAAAAAUAAAACAAAUUCUUACCUAAACUAAAGAUACAAUAAAACAGUAUUAAAUAAAUGUUAUUCCCUAUGAAGUGCUUUUUAAUUAUUAAUAGAGCCCAUGUGUGGUUUACAGUAUAAAACACGAAAUAGUCCGUCUCAAAAGACGUCCUUACGUUGGGGCGAUAGUUGUGGCAAUUAAUUUGUUUAUAUAGCCAAACGAAAAAGUAAAUUUUCUAACUACAAACGAGGCGUUUAAAAUUAUUCCUAUUUCUUUGACUACUACUAUAUAUUUACAAAAACAAAAUUGUUAUUAUUAUUACUAAUAAUACCUAUUAACUUAAGCAUAAGUUACCUGUCAAAUGUGCUGUGUUUUUAAUUUAUUCAACUAAACUAAAAAUAUAUUUUCUUUAACAUACUAAAAAAAUAAUAAAAACAAAAAACGUUGCAUAAUUUUAAGCUGAAACUUGUUUUCCUCCAUCUACCGAUGAAUAAAAUAAUUGCUGUUCAAAAAUAAUUUGUGCGCUUUUGGAUUUUGCUAUAAAAUUUUCAAUAUCACCUAGUAAGAGAUAUUCUUAGUUGAUGCUUAUAGAAACGACGAAACUACGAUAAAAACACUAAAUAAAUCGAAGUGAAAGAGAAAUUUUGUGAAGUAUAAAAAUAUAGUUAAGUAAAAUAAACAAAUUGCAAACGAACUCUUCACAUUACUAAAUGUAACAACAAAGUAUUAAAAAAAAAUAAAACUUAAAUAAAAAAACUAACAAACAUUCACUAGAUUCUAAGAAAAACAAACGAGUAAAUAAAUUUAAAUCAAUUAUUUAUUAUUGAUUUGGGCGAAACACUAAAAAACACAACCAACUACAAAAGAAAGAAUAAAAAGUGGACUUGAGGAAAAAAGUAAACAAAACUAAAAAAUAUAUCAACUAAAUAAAUACUACUACACUACUUUUACUACUACUACAAACUAUAAUUAUAAUAAAAAACAACAACAGUAGCAGAACUAAAUAAAUAACCGCAGCAAACAAAACAAAAAAAGAAGAUUUUUAUUGACAGAGAAGGUUAAAAAUACCACAAUACGUUUGUACAAGGAUUGAAACAACAGAACCCUCAACCACCCCCUCUAAACCGCCCAUACAACACAAUUAAAGUAACGUGUUUCAAGGUUUAAGGAAAAACUAAUAAAAUAACAAAAUCGCAAGACUCUUACUGUGUGAGUGAGAGCGUUUGUGUGUGUGAAACUUAUUUGUUUAGAAGGGAAACAACAAUAACAACUACAACUACUACUACUAGAACUACCGUUAGACACAUACAACAUGAUUAAUAUAGCUGGUGUUGUGAGUAUUGUGCUCUUUUAUUUGCUCAUCUUAUUUGUGGGUAUUUGGGCUGGUCGUAAAAAGGAAUCCGGCAAUGAUUCUGAGGAGGAGGUCAUGCUGGCUGGCCGUUCUAUUGGUCUUUUUGUUGGUAUCUUUACAAUGACCGCAACCUGGGUAGGUGGCGGUUACAUUAAUGGUACAGCAGAAGCUAUUUAUACCUCCGGCUUGGUUUGGUGUCAGGCUCCCUUUGGCUAUGCCUUAAGUUUGGUGUUUGGUGGUAUAUUCUUUGCCAAUCCUAUGCGUAAACAAGGUUACAUUACCAUGCUGGAUCCUUUGCAAGAUUCGUUUGGUGAGCGUAUGGGUGGUCUAUUGUUUUUACCCGCCCUCUGUGGUGAAGUUUUUUGGGCUGCUGGUAUUUUGGCCGCUUUGGGUGCCACACUUUCUGUAAUUAUUGAUAUGGAUCAUCGUACAUCGGUAAUUUUGUCCUCAUGUAUUGCCAUUUUCUAUACACUCUUUGGUGGUCUCUAUUCGGUGGCCUAUACGGAUGUCAUACAAUUGUUUUGUAUUUUUAUUGGCUUGUGGAUGUGUAUACCGUUCGCUUGGGCCAAUGAGCAUGUAAAAAGUUUGUCAUCAAUGGAUGUUGAUUGGAUUGGUCAUGUGGAUCCGGAGCAGAGGUGGUUUUAUAUAGACUAUGGGCUGUUGUUGAUAUUUGGUGGUAUACCGUGGCAGGUAUAUUUCCAACGUGUUUUAUCCAGUAAGACUGCAAGUCGUGCACAAAUUUUAUCCUAUGUAGCUGCAGCAGGUUGUAUUCUAAUGGCUAUCCCACCGGUACUAAUAGGCGCUAUUGCCAAAGCUACACCUUGGAAUGAAACCGAUUACACUGGACCUUAUCCUUUAACAGUGCAAGAAACUAGCAUGAUUUUACCCAUGGUAUUACAGUAUUUAACUCCCGAUUUCGUAUCGUUCUUUGGCCUGGGAGCCGUGUCAGCUGCCGUUAUGUCUUCAGCUGAUUCGUCUGUUUUGUCGGCCGCUUCAAUGUUUGCACGAAAUGUUUAUAAGUUAAUAUUUCGUCAAAAGGCUUCCGAAAUGGAAAUUAUAUGGGUGAUGAGAGGUGGUAUUAUAGUUGUGGGUAUUUUAUCGACCAUAAUGGCCUUGACUAUACCCUCGAUCUAUGGUUUGUGGUCCAUGUGUUCCGAUUUGGUCUAUGUGAUAUUGUUUCCACAACUCUUGAUGGUGGUACAUUUCAAAAAACACUGCAAUACCUAUGGCAGUUUAGCGGCUUAUAUUAUAGCACUUUUCAUACGUCUAUCGGGUGGUGAGGCUUUAUUGGGUUUACCCGCCCUAAUACAUUUCCCCGGUUAUGAUGAAGAAAAUCAAACGCAACUAUUUCCCUUCCGUACAAUGGCCAUGAUUUUAAGUUUGAUUACAUUAAUUUUGGUUUCAUGGUGGACUAAAAUGAUGUUUGAAUCCGGUAAAUUGCCACCCAGUUAUGAUGUGUUCCGUUGUGUGGUGAAUAUACCAGAAGAUGUGGUUAGAGUUGGUGAACCAGCCGAAUCGGGAGAGCAGCUUUCCGUCAUGGCUGGUCCAUUGGCACGAUCAUAUGGUGCCGCCACAAUGGCGGGCAAAGAUGAACGUAACGGACGCAUUAAUCCAGCAUUAGAAACUGACGACGAUGAUCUUCCCAUUAACGAAGCAAAACGAUUAAAUCAACAAACGGCACAAGAACAAGUACAAAGAAUGUUAAGCAGUGCCACCGGACAAAAUCGAAGAGACAGUGAUGACGAGGGUAGUGGCGGAGGUGGUGGUAAUAGUGGUAGUGCUUAUCAUCAGGCUGGAGGAGGAGGAGGUAAGGCUGUGCCAACUGCUGAGCAAGACAAUACUGCCUUUUAAACAAAAUAGAAGAGUUAAACUAAAACAAAAUCUAACUAACAAGUACACAAGUUAAACCUACACACCUUUUUAAAGAAUUCAAAGAAAAAAUUAUAAAAAAAAGGAAAGGUGCUUAAACGAACAAAAUAAACGAUUUGAAACGCUCACUAUAAAAUAAAAUCUAAAAAUUAAAUAAAAAUUAAAAGAAACUAACUGUAGAUUCUACACUAAAAAAGUCAUACCUAUAAUAAAAAAAAAUUAUUGUAAAAUUAAUGAAAUGAAACAAACAACAAAUUUAGUAAGGAUUUUAGAAUUACAUGCCCCUUAAGAAAACACUCUAGAGAAUAUUUACCACAAACCAAAUUAAGUAGUAAUUCUAAAUUGAAAUUCUGAAAAAUGUGUGUAAAUAAAUAUUUAAAUACUCAUUAUCCAAAAAAAAAAAAAAAAAACAAAUUAACAAAAAAAGCAAUGUAUUAAUUGUAUUAUUGGAGUGUUAGAAAACAAAUCCUUAGUUAUCUUCCCUAAAGCUUAUUCAUUUAAAAUUCAGCUUAGUUUUUUUUAUACAUAAAAAAGAAACACAUUUUUAUUAAGUUUAAAAAAGGCUUAUAUUUUAAAUAAAAUAGUUAAUUGUUAAAUAUAUGUAUAUGCUCAGGUAUU